AUGGGAGCCGUGUUUGUCACAAGCUGGUUUGUGGGAGAAAAGAAUAACCUGGAUUUUGCAGUGCAGCCUCCAGGUGGCAGCAGACCAGCUGAAGAAAUAAGGAGCAAAUCCAAGAUCUGUGCCAAUGUGUUUUGUGGAGCUGGCCGGGAAUGUGCAGUCACAGAGAAGGGAGAUCCCACCUGCCUCUGCAUCGAGCAAUGCAAACCUCACAAGAGGCCUGUGUGUGGCAGUAACGGCAAGACCUACCUCAACCACUGUGAGUUGCAUCGAGAUGCCUGCCUCACUGGAUCCAAAAUUCAGGUUGAUUAUGAUGGGCACUGCAAAGAGAAGAAAUCUGUAACUCCAUCUGCCAGUCCAGUCGUUUGCUAUCAGGCCAACCGAGAUGAGCUCCGGCAUCGCAUCAUCCAGUGGUUGGAGGCUGAGAUCAUCCCAGAUGGCUGGUUCUCUAAAGGCAGCAACUACAGUGAAAUCCUAGACAAGUACUUUAAGAAUUUUGAUAACGGUGACUCUCGCCUGGACUCCAAUGAAUUCUUGAAAUUUGUGGAGCAGAAUGAAACCGCCAUCAACAUCACCACCUAUGCAGACCAGGAGAACAACAAGCUGCUGAGAGGACUCUGUGUUGAUGCUCUCAUUGAACUGUCUGAUGAAAAUGCUGAUUGGAAACUCAGCUUCCAAGAGUUCCUCAAGUGCCUCAAUCCAUCCUUCAACCCUCCUGAGAAAAAGUGUGCCCUGGAGGAUGAAACAUAUGCAGAUGGUGCUGAGACUGAGGUGGACUGCAACCGCUGUGUCUGUGCCUGUGGAAACUGGGUCUGCACAGCCAUGACCUGCGACGGAAAGAAUCAGAAAGGGGCCCAGACCCAAACAGAGGAAGAGAUGACCCGAUAUGUCCAGGAGAUUCAAAAGCACCAGGAAACCGCUGAAAAGACCAAGAGGGUGAGCACCAAAGAAAUCUAAGAGGCAGGCACAUAGGAAGACCGUCGGAAGCGCAGCACCUUCUCUUCUACUUCAGUGCUGAGUCCAGUAUACCAAGUGUCUGCUACAACCGCCAAAUCACCAGUAUUUGCUUGUAUAGCAACACAUUUUAUCUUGUUUAUUUGUUUUGCAAUAAAGGAAAUGGGCAUGGCUGGCUAGGAGGGGAUGGGCCAUAGCCUCCAUUUCUAGGAGAGCUGUGAGAGAAACUAUAUAUGGUGCUCUGGGGCUGGAAGCAAGUACGGAAACUGCAUCAGGUUGGGAGAGGGAAGACCCAGAGCUGAAGCCUCUUUGAGGUCACGGCAGCUAUGUGUGCUGCAGGGAGUGAAUGCGAUGUCAGAGAGGACUGGGCGGGAAGGCUCAGACCCAGAGCUGAAGCCUCUCUGAGGUCCUGGACCACAUUCUGCUUCCGGCCCUGUUGACACCGCUGUCAGUAUGACAUGUCCAGCAUCUCUGCUUCUCCUCUUGGUCCCAGCCACUUCCUCUAAACACAGCCAUCCUGCUAGUGACCCAUGCCCCUCAGACUUGGAUGGAGUUUCCGGGAGUGUGCCCGAAUGAUGCAGAUACUUGUAUACUUUGAGCCCAGUAGAGACCUAACCAAAUUUUUAAAUACAUUUUACCAAAGGUGCUACUUCUCUGUAAACUUCUUUUUCUUUUUUGGAAGUUGACUUCAUUUUUCAAUUAUUAUCAUUAUAUUGUUGUUUUAUAUUUUAUUUUCUUGACUAGGUAUUAAGCAUUUGUAAUUAUUUUUCAGUAGUUCUACCUUUUCUGAGGUGAAGGAGUUUGGAGUUCUUCCUGGUGCAAGGACCUCUGUAAUCCAGACACCCCUGACCCUGCCACAGACCAGACUAGAUGCAGCCCUAAGUUGGUCCCUCGGUUUCCAGCAGGUCCACUGUGUGCCAAGGCAGUAGGGAGGCCUCAGACAAAAGCCAGGGGAAGAGGAAGCAUCUUCAUAUAAAACUUACAAGAUUCAAAAAGUUAAAUUGUGUUCUUUUACUGUGAGAAGAUCAGGCCAAUCACCGUUUCGAAGGAUAGAGGCUUAGCAUAUUCCAGCCUACCAACACGCUCAUUGCUCUACCAGUAACAUUAGCAGAGUGAUUUUGAUCCUAUUUCUUGCAAUUUCUGGGCCCCAGUUUCCUCAGUGAGUGGUUAAGAAUGCAUUAAGCUUUUGAUUUGAUAAAUUCUAAAUUUUGUGAUUCUGCCAGUUGUCUAGAGAACAACAGGUUCCUGUGAUUUUCCUCCUUCUCCUUAGGAUAAAUGAAACUUUAUUAUAACAAAGAAAAGUCAGCCAAAAAUCAAGAUAGCCAAGUUUGACCUCAGUCUGAAUAAGCCUUACAGUUUGUGCUGAUAGUUGAGGCCUUCCUGGGAAAGCUGGCCCAAAAAGGACAAGAGAACCACCCUGCUAGUCUUCAGCUGUGCAUAUCAUGUGCAACCUCUUGUUGGAGUCAGAAGGACCUUUCCCUCUAGAGUUGAGGCCCAAAGAAGGUUUCAAAUUCAAGAGGAGUAAACAAUGGAGAUUGAGCCUUACAGCUAAGCCGUGGACAAGUCAGUUAUUUGCAGUUAUGCUUGCGUCUUUUGGCUCCUAAUUAUUAAACCUCCUCAAUUACCAUAUUUCAGAUACAUUUGGCAUAACGAAAAGCAAAAACUGUACCUCAUUUA